AUGGAGACCUGCCUGAAAGUCCUGCUGUUCGUCGGGGUGGUCACAGCAGCCCCCGCGCCCUCAUCAUCCCCUCUGCCAAGCCACGAGGCUGCGGUUUUAGCUGCAGUUCAGAUCUACAACCAAGAGCCAGGCACAACACUGGCCUAUCGGCUCCUGGAAGCUGAGCCGCAGCCAGACUGGCUGGUCAAAGACUGCUCUGGAUUCUUCUCCACUGAACAGGACCCCCCUUCCAUCAUUAUCAAAUGCGAGGAGGCGUCUGAGUAGCCUAAUGUCG